CUUUUCAGAGAUUUCACCACUGACACUAAGGUGGCAGAUUAUUGAAAUUCAGCAUAAGUGUGCCGAUGACUUGAAAGUGCAGGAUGAAGGAGCAGUUCCGUGAAACGGAUAUUGCUCGAAAGAUAUCCCAUGUCUGCUUUGGGGUACAUUCACCUGAAGAGAUCCAACAAGCAGCCCACAUACUGGUGUUUGCCACCAAUCUAUAUGGCCAGGAUAACAGUCGCACUCCUGUCCUCAAUGGUGUCCUUGAUCGGCGCAUGGGAACAAGCCAAGGGGAUGGGAACUGUGCAACAUGUGGCCUGGGUCUAGCUGACUGUGUUGGUCACUUUGGAUACAUUGACUUGGAACUUCCAGUGUUUCAUGUUGGCUAUUUCCGUUCCAUCAUCACCAUACUUCAGUCCAUCUGCAAGAACUGUUCCCGCAUUCUCCUUCCUCCUACUGAGAAGCAGAUGUUCCAUGCCAAGGUCACAAACCCCCAUAUGAAGUAUCUAAUGAAGAAAACUAUGAGGAAGAAGAUCCUGGACAAGUGCAAGAAGAUAUCUGAGUGUCCUUACUGUAGGGAAAUGAAUGGCAUGGUGAAGAAGGCUGGGCUCCUCAAGAUUUCACACGACAAGUUCCGUUCUGCUAAGAAGCACAGUACUCUCAUUAAAGAUUAUGUUGGUGAGUUCCAG